GGGUGGGUGCUCGCCUGGAGCCCAGGCCGGUGUAGCCCUCAGGCCGCACUGCGGACCCGAACAGCAUGGACGGGGCGGACGUGUGGGCCAAGACUUGGGCACAGCUGAUGGCCCAGACGGAGCCCCAGGACACCUGGGAGCUGGCCCCCCAGGAGAACCGGGCCUCAGGGCCCUUGCACAGCAGCGCUUUCCAGUACCGGCUUCGGGGGCUCUCGAGAGGGCCUGAGCGGAUGGACUCUCAUGGAGGGCUUGGGCCCAAGAAGGAGGAGGCAGUCCUGGCCCAGGCUGUGGCCGAGCAGGGGCCACGUCGGGAGCCCCGGGGACUAUGGCUCUCCCUCCCGCGGGGGCCCUGGUGGUGUCUCCUAGGGGCGCUGAGACCCACGUCGCCGGGACAGAGCGGCAGCAGAUGUAGCGCUGAGCCCAGAGGGGCCCAGGCAGCGCACUUGGCCACCCGGGGCGUGCUGGGGCCAAAGGAUGAAAGGCGUCUGCUUGGGCUCCUCAGGCUGGGAGGCCGCGGGGGCGCACACACGUGGGGGGUACGCACGGGCUGGGGCCUCGAGGGCGCGCACGGGCUGUGGGGCCUCGGGAGCGCGCACGGGCUGUGGGGUCUCAGGGGCGCACACGAGCUGUGGGGCCUCGGGGGCGCGCAGGGCAGGCUCCGGCCGAGCCCUCGCCCACCGGCCUCUCUCCUCCGCAGGCUCCAGUGCAGUCGCUGCCAGUGGGGCUGGGCCUCGGCCCACGUGCACGUGCUCUUCCACCUGUGGAGGGAUGAGGCAGGCCGGCGCGGGCUGGUCAAGAUGCGGGUCUGGGGCCAGCGGUGCCGGCUGUGCCCGCCCGGCGGGGAGUGCCGCGUCAGCCUGCUGAACGUGCGGCUCUUCCUGGGCAAGCUGGUGCGCUUCAUCGAGCACAAGUGCUACGCGGAGGGUACCGGCUCCGACCAGGGCCCCGAGGUCUGCUUCGGCGAACGCUGUGAGGCCUGCGACCUGGGGGUCUGCUUCUUCCAGCAGCCGCCUGACCCCGCCUGGGGGCCCGAGGGCAGGAGCUCCGGCAGCAUCAAGGGCAGGUUCACCCUGUACUCCAGCGGCGACGAGGCUGCCCCCGCCGCCAGCAGGCAGCUGCGCACGCUGGGCCGCGGGCUGCUGGUCGACCGCCCGCGGGGCUGCACCCCCGACGCCAUCGCCGUUCCCUUGUACACGGCCGACUUCAUCAGGAGCCCCAUCGCCGAGGGCAGGGACUUCUGCGGCCAGGCCGAGGAGGUCAUCACCAUCCCCUUCUCCCUCGGGCGCAGGGCCCAGGGGCUGGCGGGUGAGUCCGCUGGCGGGCAGCACAUCAUCGGCAGGGGCUCCCUCUACCUGCCCGCCAACUCCAAGGCCACGUCCAAGGGUAGACGCUUCCCGGUGAACAUCAAAGCCCCCGUCUUCCACGGCAAGGGGCUCCUGCUCAGUGGUGUGAAGGCAACCACCGGCUUCAUCUACAAAGGGCUCGGCUGUGUCUCUGAACCCGACGAGGACGGGGAUGAGGGCGAGGGCGAGGGCGAGGGUGCCGACUGGGGCGCCCCGUCCAGCAGCACCAGGCUUGUCCCGGUUGGAGGCAGCCCACGGCCCAUGACCUACAUCGUCGGCCUCAUGGACAGCGGGGAGGGCUCGGUCACCUUUCCCUCCUCCUUGACCGACGUGCUCCUGGAAGAUGCCGACGCGUUCGACCUGGUGUACGGCUCCCUCACCUUCCCUUUCAUGUUCGCCUACGAGGGCAGAGCGGCGGCCUCCUCUGCCGGUGGCCCCGAAGGCAAAGGGCAGGUGGCUGGCGGCGGCGGCCCUCCUGUCGAGGGCCGUGAGCGCCUCCUGGGGACCGACGUGGGCGGCUGGGUGCCCCUGGGCGAGGGCUCCGUCACCGUCCCCUUCUCUGUCUUCAGCAUCAUCCAAAGCAAGAGCUCCGGGCGCAAGGCCAGGGGCCCUCAAGGCGACGGCCUGGCGCCCCAGGGCUCGUCCAAGAAGCGGAAGCAGCCAGGACCCUGGGUGUCCAGGUUCCGCCCCCCGCCCCCCGGGGACGAAGGCUUCUGCUGGGCCGAGGGCUUCUGCUUCGACCCUUACGAAGAGGUCUGGAUUUGGGUCUCUCUGGCCGUCUGCGUCCUCUGGAUAAUGUACCUGUGCAAGUUCAGCCCCGACCGCUCCCCGUGGGUAUGAAGGGCGGUGCCUCCCGUUGCUCCCCUGGGGCCCCCCUCCAGGGGGGCUGCCCGGGCGCCUGGUGAGCAGAGACCCCUGCCCCCGGCCGCCCUGGCAGCACUGCUUCCAUGUUCCAUCUCCGCGGUGAGUCCUGGUGUCAUGGAAACUCACGCCAUGGCCACCCCCCGAGCUGACCGCGUGUGUCCCAGGCACUCUGUACGUGUGUUACACUUCAAUAAAAUAAGAGUUAAGAGGCAGCAGCCA